GGGCGUCAACAUAAACAUCUGUUUGUACCUUGAUUUUGAGCUGCUGAUUUCAUCUUUGCAGUUUUGCUGCUUGUAAAAAAUUGAACGUUUAGAAUUGUAAACGUAUUAUUUAUUUCAAAUGUUUGGCUUCCUCUUACCAGCAUUUGCAAUGAAUUUCUGAGCCGUGUUAUCAAGAUGGAUGCUGACAAUGAAGCCAAAGGUAAGGUGAGCGACCAGGCGAUGCAGAACCCACAAGUGUUGGCAGCUCUUCAGGACAAAAUAGACAGUGUCUCACAUAGUGCUUCCAUCAUGGACAGCUUACCAAAGUCUGUGAAAAGAAGAGUCAAUGCCUUAAAGAAUCUUCAGGUUAACAGCACGCACAUCGAAGCCAAGUUUUACAAGGAGGUGCAUGAGCUGGAGAGAAAGUAUAGCGCUCUCUAUCAGCCGUUAUUUGACAAAAGAAGAAACAUAGUCUCUGGGGAAGUGGAACCCACUGAUGAGGAGUGUGAAUGGCAGAAUGACCAUGAGGAUGAAGCAGCAUUAGCAGAAGAUCUAAAGAAGAAAGCAGCUCUAGAGGAAAAGACAGAAGAUGCAAAUGAGGAGAAACCCAAAGGAGUUCCAGAGUUUUGGCUGACCAUAUUCCGGAGUGUGGACAUGUUGAGUGAUAUGCUGCAGGAGCAUGAUGAACCAAUACUUAAACAUCUUCAGGAUAUUAAAGUGAUAUUUUCUGGUCCUGAUCAGCCCAUGAGCUUCACUUUAGAGUUCCAUUUUGAGCCCAAUGAAUACUUCACCAACACGGUCCUCACAAAAGUAUACAAGAUGAAGUCGGAGCCAGAUGCAGAGGAUCCGUUUUCAUUUGAGGGACCAGAGAUCAUCGACUGUGAUGGGUGUCAAAUUGACUGGCACAAAGGCAAAGAUGUGACGGUAAAAACGAUCAAGAAGAAACAGAAGCACAAAGGCAGAGGUACAGCGAGGGUCAUCACCAAACAAGUGCCCAAUGACUCCUUUUUCAACUUCUUCAACCCUAUUAAAGUUUCACCAGACAGAGAGCUGGAUGAGGAUUCGGAGUACACUUUAGCCACAGAUUUUGAAAUCGGCCAUUUCUUCAGGGAAAGGAUCGUUCCGAGGGCAGUUUUGUAUUUCACAGGAGAAGCUCUGGAGGAUGAUGACAGUUUUGAAGAGGAGGAGCUGGACGAGGGUGAAGAGGAGGACCAAGAUGAGGAGGAAGAGGAUGAUGAAGAGGAGGGGGAUUCCAAGACUGGGAAUCCUCAGCCUGCAGAGUGCAAACAACAGUAAUUUGGAUCAGUCACUCCUGCCACUGUCAAACCCCAUCAGCUCACCUAGAAUCAGCUCUGUAGUGCGCCUACAUUCCCUGAUGAGCACACCAUCAAAAACAAAACAUGAUGCAGUACAUUGGUAAACUAGUUUAUUAUCCUACAAAAUGAACUUUCUAUAUUAGUUGCUAUAUUACAACACUAUAGAUAAAUUGGGCAAUUCCAGAUUACAGUUGGGCCUCAGAAUGUAGAUAUAUACAUAAAUAAAUGUACAACAAUUUUUUAAUUCAUUAUUCAGACAUAAUGACUGAAGAUAUCUCACUGCAUAGCCAAAAUAAAACAUUGACUUGCAGGUCUGAAACAGUCUUGCAAGCAUUGUUCACAUUCAAACAGAUGACAUUUUAAGACUGAAUGAAAUAAAUGGGAUCGUAUUCUAACUUCCUGUGCACAUCUAACCUUUGUGAAGGUUGCUUGUAUUUAACAUAGUUUCUUUUCUCACUUUUGAAGUGUUCUGUGUCAUCGGCAUAACUUUUUUUUUUUUUUUUUUUUUUUAUACAGCAUAUCUAUUUAUGUACUUUUUGAACAAAGCUGCAUGUUUAUGCACUUAUUUAUUUAUGGAAUCCUAGCCAGCUAGCCAGUCCAACUAAUGUUUCAGUAAUAUGUUGUAGGCAUCAACUAAUUGUGUUGCCAAGUCUGGCAUUUUGCAAUAUGGACAUCUAACAUUUCCAUUUUCAUUUCACUUUCUCUUGAAGUUCAUAAUAAAUAAAUACAUCUCUGCACUCCACUUCAUAAGUAUGCUCAA